GUACUGAAAAUCCCAGACAACUUUGAGGAUCCGACGAAAGCCUUUUUGAUUGGUCUUCUUCAAACAAACAUCGAUGUGCGACUGGGGUGUCAGGGACAUGGCGCUGGAGAGCUGAAAACGCACACGUUCCUGGCCAACGUGGACUGGGAGUUGGCGAAGCGCCAGCGCCUCCAGCCGCCGUUGAUUCCGCCGCAGGGCGAGGUGAAUGCCGCCGACGCCUUCGAAAUCGGCGCCUUCGACGAAGAAGACACUCUGGGGAUUCGGCUGUCGGAAGAUGACCAAAAGAUUUACGAGCACUUUGAUACCGUCAUUGCCGACCGCUGGCAACACGAAAUGACAACCACCAUCUUCGACGCUGUGAACGAAGAGUUCGACCAAAUUGAAAGCAAACGUCAGGCGAAACUGGAGCAGAAAUUGACCCAGUCCAUUCAAGCCGACUCCGACUCGCCCACAACGCUUCCUCCGUCCCCACCUGCUCCACCGCCGCCGCCACCACCACCGCCACUGCCGAUGUCGCCAUCGUCCCUGUUGUCGCAGAAGCCCCUCGGCCAGGACGACAUUCCGAGCUGGCCGGCCGAGCUCCUGCUUGAGUGGUGGAUCGACCCGAACACCUACGGCUGCGGACCCUCCGACUGCCUCAUUGAAAGCGAGCUGCUUCGACUGGGCGGUCCGUUCUUGCACACCUGGCAAAAGAAACACGUGCGCCUCUUCCCCAAUCGCCUUGAAAUCUACGCAAAAACCCAACACGGAAUCCCCCUCAAAGGUGCUGAGGAUAGAAUAGUCGUAGAACAGUGGUUCAGCGAGCUGCUGCAGGCGUUUUCGGCGUCCGGACAGGUGUUGAGUUCAAUGAGCCGCAAGGUCUACUGGAUCUACGGGAUCGACGAGCCGAAGAUGUACGCACGAGCGACCCCCUCGUCGACCAAGGACCUGGGCCACACCGCCCCACCCCCAAUAACCCCCGAACUCGCGGCUAAACGGAAGCAGUUCCGUCGAAUGCAGUCUUUCCAAACAGCUCUGACUGGAAGCGCGUCGCGGACCUGGUCGCCGCCCCUGCAGCGGGCCUUCCCUGCCGAGGCGUCGACUGGACGACGCGCGAUCCUCAAAAACCUCAGCAAGGUCGGCUUUUCGAGGAGUCAGGACGUCCCCGAUGCAGGGGACUGUGCAUAG